GUAACUUCCUGCGCACGCACCGGCAAAAUGGCUCCGAAGGGAUGUUUAUCCUUUGUCGUGGUUGUUUUAACGACUCUUAUAGGGUUUAAUACAGAAUUUGGGGACUGUAAUAAUGCCAGAAGGGGGCCUGACGGCGGGGUGGAAUCGGACUUCACUGGGUUCUCGGUGCCACUGGAGCACUCUUUCGAAGUGGGUGACGUGCCCAGGUUUCGGACUCGCGGCACGAUCCAGCUGAAGGCCGGGAGAGAGAACAGUGUGGCUCUGUCUCAGAUGGAGCUCUCGGAGAAGGACAGGAGUUUACUCAAGGACGUAGCAGCUGUAGACGGUCUGUACAGGAUCCGAGUUCCCCGCGUGUCUCUGCAGUCAGACAGACAGUCAGACGGCCACCUGAGUGCCUUCGUCAGAGCCUGCUCGCUGGUGGAGUCGCACCUGAGUGAUGUCAUCACGCUGCACACCGACAUCAGUGGCUCGCUCAUCGGCGUCUCCAUAGUAACGGUGCCCGGGGCGUGUCAGGGGGCCGAGGUUGAAGACGACGUGGACCUGGAAACAUUCAACACCACCAUCAGUGUCAUGGCGCCUGUCAACGCACCAGUCCCCGAGACGGCGCUGUUUAUCGAGAGGAUGGAGCAGGAACAGGACAAGAAAGGAAAACCCCAGGAGCAGAAAUCCUUCUUCGCAAAAUACUGGUAUUUGAUUUUGGGAGGUGCGGUGUUCCUCAUGGCCACCAGUUCAGCGCAGCCCCCAGCAGGGGGCGCCAGAGAGCAGAGCUGAUUCACACAGCCAAGUACCGGAGUCCCUCCCACACCGUCCGCUCUGUUCAGGGCACAAAAGAGUCUGAGUGCACUUUAAGAAAAUAAAUAAAAAAUCUAACAAAAUUUAUAUGAUUGUAACAAUUUUAAAAGAUCAAAUGAAAACAAAAUUUAUAAAUAAUAAAAUAGAGGAAGUACUGCCAGUUAUGAAAUAAAAUCAGAUCUCAGUAGUGGACUCAGAAUUUUUUAACCUGAUUGUGUGUGUGUGUGUGUGUGUGUCCUGUCAUUCUGCCAUCUUGUAAAUGCUCAUACUCUUGAAGCAUUUGCCAACCAAACACAGCGGCUCAGCAAGAAAUGCGAACCCAGAAUCCUGUGUGUGUGAGAGAUAGAUAGAUAGAUAGAUAGAUAGAUAGAUAGAUAGAUAGAUAGAUAGAUAGAUAGAUAAUCAGUUUCUGUGGUUUAUUUUAGCUCCGCCCACAAAUCCUGGUACCCAAAUGAAAUGGUAAAACAAAUUCAGCAUGGCCCGGUCCCUGGUGACCGUGUGGGGGAUUAUGGGGAAUUUGCUGAGCCACAGUGUCCAGUGGAAAAGUGGUGUGUGUGUGUGUGUGUGUGUGUGUGUGUGUGUGUGUGUGUGA